AUGGCUGUACAUAAUCCAAAUAACUGGCAUUGGGUUGAUAAGAAUUGUAUCGAUUGGGCGCGAAAGUACUUCAAAGAGCAUCUUGUUGGAGUACACGCUGGACAAGAAGGGGACAGGUACAUCACCGUUUCCUCUGUAUCCUCAGUAGAGGGGGAUUGUGAAGUGAAUCAACGUAAAGGCAAAGUUAUAUCACUAUUUGACCUGAAGAUUGUAAUGAUGAUUAAAGGUAACGUCGAUGACCAAGUCUUUGAGGGAAGCAUCACCGUUCCAGAAGUAGCUUUUGAUUCGGAGUUGGACGACUAUCAGUUCGAAAUCUCCAUAUACAAAGAAACUGCCAAGUUGAAUGAAGCAAAACCUGUUAUCAGGUCUGAGCUUAUACCACAAUUGAAGGAUAUCUUCUCCAAAUUUGGUUCAGAUCUUUUGCUUACGCACGGCAAUGAUAUCCAGGUGCCUGAAGACCAGGUAAAAUCUCAAUAUACCAAAGCAAAUCAGCAAAACAGUUUUGCUAAGGCUAAUCCAUCCGCUAAGGAAUCUAAGGGAACUGGUACGACAAGUACGACCACCGCAAGUAGUAAAAGCGAAUCCUCAGCCUCACCAUCUGCAAGUGGGACCACCGGCAAGUACAACAGCACCACCUUGCACCUUGAACCAACCUUUAACGUUCCUGCAAUUGAACUUUACCAAACUUUCGUGGAUAAGCAACGUAUUAUGGCGUGGUCUCGAUCUCAAUUAAUAUGUGAAUCAUCUGACGCGGUUUUAAAGCAAGGCGAUGAGUUCACAUUUUUUGGCGGCAAUAUUACGAGCAAACUUGUGGAGUGCGAUCCUGGCAAGCGCCUUGUUUUCAAUUGGAGACUGAACGAAUGGCAUAAGGGAUACUUCAGCACGAUUAAGAUGGAUUUUCACGAAUCUCAAGAAUACCAUGAGACUAAGUUGCAAGUGACUUGGAGCGGUGUUCCUAUUGGUGAGGAGGACAAAGUUAGAGGUAAUUUCGAAGAGUAUUACGUGAGGAGCAUCAAGAUUACGUUCGGCUUUGGAGCUGUGCUUUGA